CUUAGAUAACAGUCCGCAACUACAGUUUUUCAGAGGAUGAGAAGUCUUAGUGAAUUCCUCCACUGAUCAGAAUCAUGGCAAGAAGUAAACAGUCCAACCAGGAGCUCACUGAGGUGCUGAACGACCUCUGGCGCCUGGAUACAAACCGUCUCAAGCCGGGGACUGAUUACAUAAUUUCCCUCCAGGGGAGGGCAGGUUAUGUGGCUCAGGGCAGCAACUAUGCCAGAGACAGGGCCAGGGCCCCACUCUUCACAUAUGUCAAUGAAGACAAACUCAAGAGCAUCGAGACAUACUUACAUUUCGUCAACUUGCUGGACAACUAUGAGAUGUCCACGGGUGUAGCAGAGACGGUGACGUCAGAGGAGCUUCAAGAGAACAGGCUCUUCAUUGAUUCCAUCGUGGAGACCGAACUCAUGAAGUGUGCUCACAAGUAUCUGGUCAAGAAGGGGCAGUCGUCAUCAGACCCUGGACAGUUCAAGAGACAGCUGUACGACAUCUGGUUCCGCCUCUACCACAGGGACAGAAAUGGAGGAGAGGAUUCCUGUGGCUUUGAACAUGUGUUUGUGGGAGAGACCAAGUACGGCCAGGAGAUUAUGGGUCUCCACAACUGGGUUCAGUUCUACCUGCAGGAGAAACACAACCAUGUUGACUACAAAGGCUACAAAGCAAGAGACAACAAAGAUACACCUGAUGAAGAUGACCACGUCCUGAAUCUGCAGUUCAGUUGGAAAGGCCUGGUGAAGCCGGUCGGUGGCUGUUUCAUUGGUGUCAGCCCAGAGUUUGAGGUGGCUCUCUUCACCAUCAUCUUCCUCAUGUCGAAUGAGAAGAUGACGUCUGUGGUGGUGAAAGUGGACGAGUACGUGCUGGAGCUGGUUGUCUAUCGGCACGGGAGAUCCAUCGGCACGUCCUACCCUAAACUGCUCAGCAGCAACCACAGAGAUCUGUAAUAUCACUACAUCUGAGCUGUCAGCUGUCAUGUAAACAUUUAUAUUUACAGUUUAACAAUAUGUGUUACACUUUCAUUUUGUACCUAUGCAGUAUAAUCCUAAGACAAAUCCAGAUCAGGUUCUCUUUGCACUAAAUGUCAGGCUCAAAGUGUCAAUAAUGAGCAAAGUUUUCAGCCUAAACCUCCUGAUCUGGAUUGAUAUCAUGGAAGGAAUAUAACUUUUUAUUAAUCAUUUUACAUGUUAUUCUGUAUACUGUUAUUGAGUAAAAAAAAUACUCUGGUUACAAAG